CCAAUCUCCAGUUUAUAUUGCGGGCACCACGGCAGUGUUGUUAGUCUGUGUGCGAGAGUUAACACACACACGUACCGUCACAUCUAUACGCCUCCUCCAGUUCUCCGUCCUUGUCUUUGAACAACUAUGAAUGUGAAAACCAGGAGCGGUGUGUUUCUGCUGACAGUGUUGCUGGGACUGGCAGAGAUGCAGACAAUAAACCGGGCAGUAACGAGGAUUGUCCACUACAAUAGGCAAGACAUGCCUUACUUAAUAAGUUUUUGGCCGUGGCCAAGCGUACCUCGGGUAAUGCCAGCUCGUCCCCAACAUGAAAAACAGAGGAGUGGAAUAAUCAACCAGCAAGAUUCUGAAGAAUCAGCAAAUGGUCGUGAGGAUUACUUUGGCCAACCACAAAAUUCUCAACAAGUCAUGUUUGACCGUCAGAGUCAGCUUGGUCAACCACAAAACUCUCAACAACAAGCCACAAAUACUCGUGAGACUCAGUUUGGUCAGCCACAAAAUUCUCAACAAGUCAUGUUUGACCGUCAGAGUCAGCUUGGUCAACCACAAAACUCUAAACAACAAGCCACAAAUACUCGUGAGACUCAGUUUGGUCAGCCACAAAAUUCUCAACAAGUCAUGUUUGACCGUCAGAGUCAGCUUGGUCAACCACAAAACUCUCAACAACAACCCAUGUUUGACCGCCAGAGUCAGCUUGGUCAACCACAAAACUCUCAACAACAACCCAUGUUUGACCGCCAGAGUCAGCUUGGUCAACCACAAGACUCUCAACAACAACCCAUGUUUGACCACCAGAGUCAACAUGGUCAACCACAAGACUCUCAACAUGCAGGAACUUUUGUUACAGCCACCAAUACUGGACAAGGUGCUUCAGGUAUGGGUGGAAGUUCUUCGCUGGCAGGAUUCUCCGGGCAGGAGAAUCGUCAUCAUUUGUGUGCCAAGGAGCCCUCCCCUGGAGAAUGCCGAGGAGCCUUUCCCAGGUUCUUCUACAACUUGGAGACGAACCAGUGUGAUUGUUUCGUGUACGGCGGGUGUGAGCCAGAUGAUGGACAGCCGCAACUCGUCUUCAAAAAUCUGGAAGAGUGUCAGCACACCUGUAAGCCCAGCAACUUGCAGAAAGGACCAACCUGCGAUAUUGUGUUUAGAAAAGAGGAAUCAUUUAGGCUCUUCACUUCUGCAGCCACCACCACCAGUAGGCCGAGACCCAACCUGGACCUCAGUCACUUUAACGAUGAUUCACUUCUAGGGCUAUUCGCAAACAUUUGAACACUCUAUGUUAAGAUUCGUUUCCUAACAGUUUCCCUUAUUAUAAAGGACCACCAGACAUAAAUGUAAAUAAAGGAACACUUUCCUUCAUUUUCCAGUCAUUCGGUCAUUCUCGCUCUUGUAAAGGGUGUGUUAUAUGGCACUUCCCUACACACAGGGCAGGACUCACCCUAAUACGGAAAUCACUCGAUGUCAUGUUAUCUCUUAAUAAAUACACACACACACUUGACCACCAUAGGGUAAGGACAUGUCUGUCAAUGCUCUUGUAGCUGCCUCGGGUUAGGCUGUUAACCCAUUUCCCACCUCCGUCACCUCAACUUCAGUCGACUGGCACAUACUUAGGACUUUUCCACCAAGAAACCAGUGUAAGGAUUUGAUCAACACAUGCCUAUACUGAAGUGUCACGCAAUAAUACGCAUCUGGAAGUAUCUGCCAUCUAGUAACGUUGCUAAAACCUCAAUAGAUGGCGCCACUGUUCGACUGCACAUUUUAUGCUGUGCUUAGGGCAGCUGCUUUCUAUCUUUUGUACACAGUCUUUGGGGGCAUCAAGAUUCCGAGGGUUGCUACUAAUAUCGACUUUCACACCUACGCGCGAGGUCCCACAACAUCAUGUGAAAAGUUUUGCCAACACCAUGAGUUGUACUGUGAAAAGAGAUAUUGGAUUUCUGGAAGACAGUGUUAUAAUAUUAUUAAAUUAAUCUAUCACGGCACUCAGUACUCAGCUCCCUCUCAUCAUCAUCAUAUCUCCAUAUAUCAGUUUGGGACAGAGGUGUUGUACCGUCUUCGCUAAUACUACCAGCCACCUCAGAACAGAUCUUCGUCCAGGUACUGCUGUUGGGACACCACAGCGGUAUCAGGACUACAGGACCAGAGCCUUUCUAACCACCGUGGAAACCAUCAGAUUCAUACUUGUACUGUAUGUUCACCUCAUGUUUUUCACCUUUGUAUUCAAAGCUUUUGUUCAGACCCCCAGUGUCACCUUAUGUAAUUUAUAUCAUCUCUGUUCAUUGUAUGUUGUUAGCCUUAGGGCUGUUGUAUUCUGCCAAUAAACCGCUAAUUAUUAUAA